AUGUCCAUGCUUCCUGAACCCUACUUGUACUCUAAAUGUUAUGCAGGUAGCAGUGUACAAGUUAUACCCUUAUUUGACGCCAAUGUCGUUAAACACUUCUGGUCUUUCAUCCUGUUUCUGCUAAUUCUAUCUACUUCCGACGAGGUUGUUGCUGUCCACCGGUUUGAUUCGCCGAAACCUGACAUUCCUACACACUUCAACUUUUUCCGUUCGGCUUUACGGGGGAGGGAAAGAGUACUGUCAUGUGCCAAUGAUCCUAAUGUGUGUGUGGAUCGCGAGAAGAACCCAUGGGGCGGCAGCACAUGUUGUUUCAGGAAAUUCUGCAAAGAUACGUUGAGGGAUUCAAAUAAUUGUGGGGCAUGUGGGCAAACAUGUGCUUAUGGAUUUGUUUGUUGUGAUGGAAAGUGUGUUGAUAUUCAAAACGAUCCACACCAUUGUGGUUCUUGUUUUGAGGAGUGUCCUGGACAGGGUAGGUGCUCCUUUGCAAUGUGUGAUUAUGGUGGAUGA